CGCAUCUCUGGUUAGCUACAACAAUGGCUCCUCUCUGUCAGAUCUGGAGACCGGACCGAGGACGCUGCUUUAAAACCUACGGGAUCAUCUUCGUUUUGUUUACAGACCUGGUCUUACAGAGUGUUACCGGGUAUCUGAGCUCUCCUCAUGUGGGUAAGGAGCCUCCGUACCCCAGAGAGUCCCAGCAUGCACCUGUCAUCACCAGCCCAGUGGUGCCUGCUGCAGCCUCUGUUUCUCCAUCAGAUGAGGAGAGCUACACCUUCGGGUGUCCCAGCGGGGGUUUGUGUCAGCGCCUGCCAGCCAACUGCAUGCUCUGCAACUUCCAACACAACUGCACCUACGCAAAAGCUACUUCCUUCACUUGCAAACCCAGGAAAGGAGUUCACUGUAUAGGGGAGUCGGGGCAGCAGCAGGCGAACUUCUCUCUCUCCAUCAGCUGUCGGUUCUGCUGGCAGUUGGACCCGUCCCAGUACCGCUGCUUCAACUCCACCAGCUGCAUGACGGUGUCCUGCCCGCGCCGACGCUACAACGCCACCUGCGACGUGCUGGACCACGUGCACUGUUUGGGUAGGAGAAGUUUUCAGAAACGUUUGUAUUGUAACUGGACCGGGGGAUACAAGUGGUCAACAUCAUUAGCACUCAGCAUCACGCUCGGUGGAUUUGGGGCUGAUCGCUUCUAUCUGGGUCAGUGGAGAGAGGGGCUGGGGAAGCUGUUCAGUUUCGGUGGCCUCGGCAUCUGGACUUUGAUCGACGUGCUUCUGAUCGGAGUCGGAUACGUUGGACCCGCCGACGGCUCUCUUUACAUCUGAAGCUCUGGAGAAAACGUUCGGACGCUCGGUGCCCUCUUCACUCUCUGAAGACUGAAGAUCUGUGUCCUCUUCACUCUCUGAAGACUGAAGUUCUGGUCUCUCUUCACUCUCUGAAGACUGAAGUUCUGGUCUCUCUUCACUCUCUGAAGACUGAAGUUCUGGUCUCUCUUCACUCUCUGAAGACUGAAGUUCUGGUCUCUCUUCACUCUCUGAAGACUGAAGUUCUGGUCUCUCUUCACUCUCUGAAGACUGAAGUUCUGGUCUCUCUUCACUCUCUGAAGACUGAAGUUCUGGUCUCUCUUCACUCUCUGAAGACUGAAGUUCUGCUCUCUCUUCACUCUCUGAAGACUGAAGUUCUGGUCUCUCUUCACUCUCUGAAGACUGAAGUUCUGAUCUCUCUUCACUCUCUGAAGACUGAAGUUCUGCUCUCUCUUCACUCUCUGAAGACUGAAGUUCUGCUCUCUCUUCACUCUCUGAAGACUGAAGUUCUGGUCUCUCUUCACUCUCUGAAGACUGAAGUUCUGGUCUCUCUUCACUCUCUGAAGAUCUGUGUUCGCUGCGCAACACGUCCUCAUCCCAUCUGCUAACCGGCAGGAAGUGUUUUCCUCUUCACACCAGCCACGACUCCACCCACACACACACACACACAUCAGAUCCGUCUCCACAUCACUCUCCUGUCGAACGCUCCGCUGAUGGAUCUGAUGAACGAGGAGACGCUCAGUAUCUGAAGUUUGUCCGUUGGUGUGACUUCACUGCUGAUGUAUAGAUAGGUUUCCUGUGGAGCGGGACACACACACACACACACACACACACACACACACACACACACACACACACACACACACACA